UUUUUAUUUCAGAUUUUAUCAACUCUUUAGAAAUGUUAAACAGAUAGAACCGACGACAUUAAGCAUCAACAACUGAAUUGGACUUGGACCCAAUCAGCCACCACAGCCCCCUCACAUCGUAAGUUCCAAUCAAAAGAUUUCGUCUUUUGCCACACCGACUUAAGGUCCAACUACUCGAAAGGAACAAAGUUUUCAUUACAACUGUGACCUAAUGACUAUGGCAGAAGGUAAUGACCCUAUGGGGCAUCAUGCAGCAUCCCAUCACCAUCAUCAUCGCCAGCAGGAGCAGCAACAUCACCACCAACACCACCACUAUCAGCAACAUCAAACAGCAGCAGCCUCGCAUCAGUAUGAAGCCUAUACCCAUUUGCCCUAUGGUUUGCCACAUAACCUGCCAUUGGCCUUGAGUUUGCAUCAGCAGGCAGCAGCUGCGGCUGCUGUUGCGGCAGCGGCUGCAGUCACUGGCAGCAGCAGCAACAGUAACAAUAAUACCCGCGAAGAAGAUAAUGCCACCAACAAUAACAACAAUAGCACAAACAGCUCUAGUAACUCGCUAAGCAAUCCCACUAUGCCUUGGAAGCAGAGGAAACGUAAGCGUCUAUCGGCGGUUCUGGAUAAACUGCAUCAUCACAAUAGUUCUGGCAGCAGUGGUAGCAGCAGCAACAACAACAACAGCGCCAAUAACAUGGAUCUGGAAAAUGAAUACCAGGAUGAUCUGGUAAUGGAUAAGGAUGAUCUCAAGAAAGAGGCUAACAACAACAACGAUGAGGAUGAGGAUGUAGAAAUGCCAUCACCCCACAAUCGCACCAGUCUAAGUGACAACGAGGAACGCACGCAGGAUGGCGAUGUGGCCGAGUCGGUAGAAGAAGAAAUGUCCAUAAGCGGAGACAAUGAAGGCAGUCCUAGGGUUAGCCUGAGUCCAGCAGAUCAUAAAAACCAUAACAACAAUAAUAAUAAUAACAACAUCGAUCCUACACUACCCGCGGCAAAGUUUAUCAAAACGGAAGAACCUCAAAAUCCUCUCACCGUUGACAUCAAGACUGAGCCACACCUACCCAACAGCCCCUAUGAUCGUUACUUUCCCAUACCUUCACCAUUAUUUGGUUACUAUCUCCAUACCAAAUAUCUCAAUGAAGUAUUUCGAAGGAGACAGGAUCUCCAUACCUCGCCCAUGCAGCACACACCCUCAUCUAUUGCCUCGUCGCAAAUGGAUGAAACCUCGCCCUCAGCGAAGGAGUUGAAGGAAUACCACCAGAAAAUGGAAAGAUCUCAUGAAAUGCCCGAGUUUAUGCCCACUUCGAAUCAAUCACCGCCACACAGUGUGACCAUGGCAUUGCCAUCGCCUCCACGCAGUGAAACGUCAAUAAGUGAGACGACAGCAGCCAAUACUUCAGAUCCUGCCAUAAUGCCGCCACCACAGGAGAGGCCGUUGGAUUUAUCCGUGCGGAGUGGAGGUAACACACCAACGGGCGAGCUGAUGGCCAGUGGGACGGGUGGUUCCAACAAUGGCAAUGCCAAGAAGUACAAAUCAUCCUCCCCCUUGCCGGCAACCACAAUGAUGUUGCCACCCAGCCAACAACCGAUCUCAGCUGCCAUGUCACCAUCCAGUUCUGGGCAUAACAGCAGUGGGGGCAUGAGUAGUUCCACGAAUACAAUGACAACUUCUGGGGUUUCCUCCGCCCCCGUUUCACCCUACGGUUUGACACAUGCAGCGGCUGCCCAUGCUGCAGCAGCUGCAGCUGCCGCAGCCAUGAUUAAAUUGGAAAUGCCCAUGCAUCCCUUGCAUCAUCAUGCCCACAGUACAACGGUGGGGGUGCCCGUCAUCAAGGGCGAUGUGGCAUCACCCACCACAAAGGAGUCGGUGGCAUGGCGUUACAAUCUAGAUGUUUCCCCCGUGGUCGAAGAAAUGCCACCCGGCUCCGAUGUGGCAUAUGUGUGUCCCGUGUGCGGUCAAAUGUUUUCACUGCACGAUCGUCUGGCCAAACACAUGGCCUCGCGGCACAAGUCCCGCAACCCCUCGAAUGACAUUGCCAAAGCAUACUCCUGUGAAGUUUGUAAUCGCUCCUUUGCCCGCUCCGAUAUGUUGACACGUCACAUGCGUUUGCACACCGGCGUCAAGCCCUACACCUGCAAGGUGUGCGGACAGGUAUUUUCACGUUCCGAUCACUUAUCAACACAUCAGCGGACCCACACCGGCGAGAAGCCCUACAAGUGUCCCCAAUGUCCUUAUGCUGCCUGCCGAAGAGACAUGAUUACCCGACACAUGCGUACCCAUACCCGCUAUGAGUCACAGCAACAGCGACAAGGUGGACCACCCGGCCACCAUCAAAUGGGUGGCGAGAACAAACCAACAUUGCCGCUCUUGGCUGAUAUGAAAAUGAAUCUUCCCAUGAUGUUGAAGUCCGAAGACUACACCAGGACAUCGCCGCUUAACAACAGCAUUGGUGCUACUUUGCCGAUUGUGGUGAAGACAGAGAGUGCCUAGUUAAGCGCCCGCGCUCAUGCUCCUGGCCUGUGGUAUGUCAAUCCGCAAAGCUUUCGUUACAGAGAAAGCUUUUACACAUGCAAAUGAUAUUAGUUGAAAAACACGAAGAAGAUAUACCAGAUUUUUUUUAAAUACUAGAAAUGUACAUUUGAAUAUCAUGAAAUUAGCCGCCUCCAAACUUGCCAAGUUUAAAGUAAAUAUUUUUGUAAGCAUUAAGGCCAGGAUAACUAUAAUUAGUAAUUAAUUUUAUUAUGAUUUUAUUAGCAGCAUAUAACUAGCAAGACAAAUUAAUCGAUAAUCUCUCUGCCAAGACUGAGUCUAAGUUUAAAGGAAAUUUCCCCCCGCCCCCCAAACUACUAGAACUAAUACUAAACUACCAUAGAAAGUUUACAAAUUGUUAACUAAUUAAGCACAAACUACAGUAAGAGAGUCUACAAUGAUGAUAAAAGGGCCAGGAGAGGAAGAGAAAUGGGACAGCGCCUUCUGGGGAUAACUGGAGGAAUCAUUUCUCAAUUUUGGUAUUCCAAAUCUCUCCAAUCUCUGGACGAGAGUAGUCCUUGUUUGGUCCUCCACUUUAAUUUUUUCUAAGCUAUAAUGACACGCUUGAAGCUAAACGUUAACCAAUUUUUGUUGUAUAGGUUGUGCCAACGUUUUUCUCAGGCAAGCUUUUGUUUUGUUUACACCCAAAAACAAAAUGUUAGUUCAAAUUACACAAAGAUGUUUUGUUAACGUUUUUUUUUUAAUUUCGUUGUAACUCUGUUUAUUUUUUAACAAAAGCAAAACAAAAAAUUUAUAUAGUAUUAAUUUUCAAAACAAACACCUACUAAAGCAUUUGUUAGUUUGUAAUUUUUCAUUAUUAUUAGUUAAGUUAAUUUUAAAAAUAAUUUCAAAACAUCAACUAUUGUUUAUUUUUUUAGCAUAUGGCAAAACAAACAAACCAACCAACCAAUCAAUCAACAAUUAAGCUAUUUUUUAAGAACAACAAUUAGUUUAGUUAAUUUUUAACCCUAUUUAUUUAUUCAUUUUGUAAUUUUUUUUAGUUUUUAAGUUUAGUCUUUUAGAGUUUAGUUUAAAUGCCAACAAACCAAGAAUUCUCCCUAGGGCUCAAAACAUACAACUCCUUUUGUUUGCAAAUUUAAAAUUCCUUUUCUCUAAUUUGGGAACAGAAACUAAUUUUGUCUAAAAUAAGUCCUUUCUUGCUGAAAAAAUUUUCGAAUAAUUACUAAGUUUCUUUGUUGUUUUAUUUUUAUAUAUUUUUUUGUUUUACAUUUUUGAUUUCAUAAAAUGAAUUAAAUUUUCUGUUUUUAUCUUUUUUAGUUGAUUUUAAAAAUUUUAGAAAAAUUUUUAGUUUUGAAAACAUGUCACUUGCCCCCUCCCCCUGUAGUUAACCAUCAUUCCAUGAAUUUUGUCACAACAUAUGUUUUUUUUUAAAUUGUUAAUUUUUCCCCAACUCCCUUAUGUAGUUUUAGCCUAUCCUGUAAAAUCGAUUGUUACUGUUAUUGUUUAAAUCGAUUUCAAUGUAAUUUGCCAAACUCUUGCGUUUAUUUUUUACAAAGCAAAAUACAUGUUAAGUUUUAUUAAUUUGCUCUCUUUCUCUCUAUUUUUUAAUCCUGUUUUCUUUAAGAAUAUCCUGUUUCAUUUAGCAUCUUAAGCCGUUAUUUAUUAACAAUCCUGCAUUAAAAUUGUUUCAGUUUUCUAUUUUAAUGAAUUAAA